UGACGGGGAGAACCCCGCCCCAGUUCUUCUAGUCCUGUUGCUCCUGGCAGGCUGUGUUCCUCGGCUCGUCCAGUUCAGGCCUGUAUUGCUUCUGCUCCUUACUUUUUCCCCGUGGUUCCUAUUGUUUCAUGUACUUUCUCUCUCCAGAUAUAUAUUUUUUUUUAAAAAAAAAAGCCCCCGUCAGUACUUUUCAGCGCCUUUCACUCCAACCUUGGUUUGUUGGCCCCCCCGGUUAGCCCCUUCCCCUCCUCCCCCCUCUCCUUUGUCAAUUAGAUUUUUAUGGGAGAUCCCUCCAGGGGCUCAGAAAGUAGGAGGAGGUUAUUGCAUGUGCUAGUGCCCGCUGGGCGUCCGUCUGAGCGUUUCCCGGGGCACACUAGAAAACCUGGCGAUCCAGCACCCCAACCCAGCCCAAUCGCCACAUUUCAGUGCACAAUUGUCCUCCCUGCCCCGGCCCCGGCUGACUCUGUUCUGUCCGGGCAGGCAGUGGGAGCGUUCCUGCGUUCGAUCGCCCCUUCGGGAGGCGAGUCCUCAGGAAGAAUGGAGGCUGGAGAGAGCUUAAAUCGCCCGAGGCGCUUUACACGUAGUGCGGCCCUCGCAGGCGACUUUAAUCUAGUUGAGCCUACGUUCGGCGCAUUAAACGAGGCCAUCAGGGCGGGAAGGGUUAGACCGAUCCCCAACCCCCCCCUACACAAGCAGAGAUCCGGGCCUUGUGCUCUCUACCUAAAAUGGCCGCCUCCACUAGCGACGCUCUACAGCCACUAGAUGGCGCUGCACCAGAAAUGGCGGGAACGGCUUCGGCUGCUCCUUCUACAUCCUCAGCUAGUAUUACAGCGAGAGUGCCCCGAUCGGAGGGGCGGGAGGGUUCCCCCCUAUCGGAAUCGGUAGCUAAUCUGCCUAUGCCUUCCCAAAUGCCCACGGAAUGGCAAAAUUGGUUUAAAUCGACAAUGAAAGAGUCCCUGGGUCUGCUGAGGGAGUAUAACAAGCGUAAACGCUCUAAGAGGCCCACAAAAUCAUCUUCCUCUUCUGAUGAGGAAUCCUCCUCCUCUUCCUCCUCCCCCUCCCCUAGGAGGUCCAAGCGCAGAAGGAAACAUACAAAGAGGCAUAAAAAGCAUAAAAAGACUGCUAGGGUCAUUACCUCAGUACACUCAUCUGAGGGAUCUGGGCAAGAAUCUGGGGACCCCACGGCAAAUGACAUCCGCCCAGUAGGAAAUAAAGCUCCACAUAUUCCACCCCCCCCUUCUGGAGGAGGAGGCGGAAGACACCACAGCUGAUAUCAGGGGAGCUGAUAUGGCCUGCGAGGGUGACCAGGGACUAGAGAGAGAUGAGGGAGACUGGUCAGGGGCAGAGGAGAUCGAGCAAGCACAAUCUUCCCAACGCCUUUUCUCCCCGGAAGAUUUUAACCCCCUCAUGACCAAAGUGUUAACUACCAUUGGUCUACAGGCUAAGCCCACGCCUGAACCAGGCCAAAAUUCCAAGGGCGAUCUGGUUUUUCCCAAGCCACAGCCUCGAGAGCUUCCCUUACCCAUGCCCACCUAUUUUUCAGAAGUUAUCAAGUCAGAAUGGGCGGCGCCGAGUGUCCCCCCCCCAAAAAAAGCUUCCAACUCUUCCACUAGAUUCUACACAUUCCAACAAGAACCUACCACACUCCUCCAAACGCCGACCACCGAUGCUCCUAUUUCACAACUAAGCAGCGGAUCCCUGGUACCGAGAGAUGGGGAAGGGUUCCUCAAAGAACCAUCCGAUAAGAAGGCGGAGUUCUCGUUCCGACGGGUCCACGACAAUGCCUCACUGGCUACACGAUCAGCCGCAGUGGCCUCCAUGACGGCCAGGGCCAGUCUUCUAUGGAUCAACGACCUCAUCGACGAGACUCCACCGGAAUCUACUCGCCUAAGACAGCAGCUGUUGAAACUACAGCGAGCACAGGCACUCAUCGCCGAUACUUCCCUCGACACUAUACGUUACUCGGCAAGAUCCUCGGCGGCUUCAGUGGUCGGUAGAAGGCAUCUCUGGCUGAAGGCGUGGCAAGCAGACUCCGUAUCCAAGAACAACCUAUGUGCUCUGCCUCACGAGGGGUCUAAGCUCUUCGGCGAUUCAGCCCUAGAGAACAUACUAGUCGAAUCGAAAGAUAAAAAGAAAACCAUGCCGUUGGCCCCCAGGAAGCCCGAUAAACCAGCUUUCAGAAGAAGCUACCAACAGCCUUUUCGUGCCUUUCGCCCCGCCUUUAGGGGCAGAGACAGAGACUUCCGCGGCUCCAGAUCCUCCUGGCCCCGCCAGCGAUUCACCAGCAGGAACCCCAACUUCCGCAACCCCGGCAGCCAGGGGAAACCUCAGGCAAAGAAUCAGUUCUGACACAGACUUCCUCAGCCUGGGGGGUCGCCUAUCCUACUUCCUUCCAACAUGGCUACGCGAUAUAUCGGAUGCAUGGGCUCUGGAGGUCAUUCGUUUCGGUUACAGGAUCGAGCUGGGCUCCUCCCCUCAUCCACGAUUUCUCCCAACUCCCCGCUCUCACUCCGCUUCAAAGCACGCGGAAAUGUCCAUGGCUAUCCUACACCUGCGAGACAUCGGAGCCAUAGAGCUUGUUCCCAGGGGGCAGGAGGGGAGGGGAGUCUACUCCAUCCUGUUUACGGUACCCAAAAAGGACGGGUCCCGCAGAGCGGUUCUAGACCUAAAAUAUUUGAACUCCUUCGUCAGAACACGCAAGUUUCGCAUGGAGUCCCUCCGCUCCAUUUUAGAAUCUCUCAGCAAGGAGACUUUCUGUCAUCAAUAGAUUUACGGGAGGCCUAUCUACACAUUCCCAUACAUCCCGACAGCAGGCCGCUACUCCGCUUCAAAUACGCAGGGCUGGACUAUCAAUUCAAGGCCCUCCCCUUCGGCCUCGCCUCUGCACCCAGGACGUUCACCAAGAUCCUCGCCCCGGUCCUCGCUCUACUUCGUAUUCAGGGGGUACACAUAGUGGGGUACCUCGACGAUCUACUCCUAAAAUCGGAGUCCUGGGAUUCAGCAGUAAGGGAUCUGGAAAGGACCAUGACAACACUGAAUCAACCCGGUUUUCUAAUCAACAUAGAAAAGAGUCACCUCUCCCCGACGCAGAGAAUUCGCCACCUCAGGGUAAUAAUCGACACUCUAUCGUGCAAGGUCUUCCUCCCGGAAGACAGAGCCCAGGUGCUUACAUCAGAAACAAGGGACGUCCUGGCGAGGCUGAAGUCGCCUCUACUGUCCUUGGCUCGACUCCUGGGACUAAUGGUGUCAACGCUGGAAGCGGUCCCGUGGGCAAGGCUACACCUUCGGGUCCUCCAAUGGUACCUCCUGAAAUUCCAAGCGUGCAUAACCACGAGGCGCAACAUCCUAGUCAUUCCACCUCCGCAGGUGAAAAUGUCCCUGACCUGGUGGACCAGGUCUCGGAAUCUCCAAACAGGCAAGUGCUUCCUCGAACUUCCGAAACUCAUUAUCACAACAGACGCAAGCAACAGAGGCUGGGGGGCACACUGCCUACAACACUCAGUCCAAGGACGAUGGGAGAGCCUAGAAAGAUCCCAUUCUAUAAACUGGCUCGAGCUCAGAGCUAUCCGUCUGGCCCUCUUACAUUUCCAACCCCUGGUCGAGGGGAAAGAUGUCUUAGUGAAAACGGACAACACCACAGCCAAGGCACACGUAAACAGACAGGGAGGAACUCGAUCGCGUUCUCUGUUCCAGGAAUCAGUCCUCCUCCUAUCUUGGGCCGAGAAGCACCUCAAUUCCAUCACAGCUCACCAUGUCAAGGGAGAUCUGAACUCAGUAGCGGAUUGGUUGAGCAGGGAGGACCUCCUCCCGGGGGAGUGGUCCCUCAAAACGGAAGUGUUCGAUCAGUUGGCAUACAAGUGGGGCGGCCACAAGCAGACUUGUUCGCCACUCCCCUCAACGCAAAGACAGAGAUAUUCAUCACCAGGUUCCACUGUCGUGCAGCAUGGGGAACGGAUGCCCUGUCUUGCAAAUGGCCUCAGGGGCUCCUGUACGCCUUUCCCCCGAUACCACUUCUGACCAGAGUACUCCGCAGGAUACGGAAUCUGAGAGCAGAGGUCGUCAUGGUGGCCCCGUUCUGGCCCAGACGUCACUGGUUCACGGACCUCGUAGGCAUGGCAAUAGACCAGCCUUGGCACCUCCCCGCGAGACCAGACCUCCUUCUCCAGGGGCCAGUUCACCAUCCCAAUCCGGGCUGGUUUCAACUAGCCGCCUGGAGACUGAGCGGAUCCGAUUGCGAGCACAGGGACUUCCCCCCAAAGUGACUGAAACCAUCCUGGCUUCUAGGAAAAAUUCCACUAAUCGAAUCUACCAGUAUACAUGGAGGAUGUUUCUGCGUUGGCUCCACAGGAAAAAACUCCCUAGUGACGAGGCGACUCCACUACAUCUCCUACAAUUCCUCCAGGAUGGGCUUGAUAAAGGACUGAAGCCCAACACCCUCAAGAGGCAAGCUGCCGCAUCAUUGCCAAUGUUGAAGUGGAAGGCUAACUCACAGUAUCAUUCUCUCCUAAAAAGGUUUCUCAGGGGGGCCACCCUAUUGUCUCCCCCAGUGAUACAUCGUUUCCCCUCAUGGGAUCUGAAUUUGGUGCUUCAAGCAUUACAAGGCCCUCCUUUCGAACCGAUCCGUACCAUACCACUACGCCUCUUGUUUCAGAAGUUGGCCUUCUUGGUGGCACUCACCUCUGCUAGAAGAGUUUCCGAGCUGAGAGCGCUCUCAGUCCACAAGUCGUUCUGCGUCUUCUCUGAGGACUCGGUCAGGCUGAUUCCGGACCCCUUUUUCCAACCAAAGGUGAUAUCUCAUUUCCAUGCAUCACAAGACAUCUUUCUUCCUUCAUUCUGCCCGCAUCCGAAGCACCCCAGAGAGAAACUGUGGCACAAGCUGGAUUUACGUAGAUGCUUGAGAUGCUACAUAAAACGCACGGCCAGUUUUCAUAAGACCGAAUCUAUGUUUGUCUCUUACCUGCCCACCUCUAUGGGAGAGGCGGUAUCAGCAAGAACUAUUGCUAAAUGGAUUAGAGCAUGCAUUACCUUAGCUUAUGAGACACAAAAGGUCCCUCCUUCGGCCAAUAUUUGGGCACACUCCACCAGGUCGGCAGCCGCCUCGGCCGCCUUCUCCACUAACGCUUCAGUACAGGAGAUUUGUAAGGCAGCGGUAUGGAAGAGUCCAUCCACCUUUAUAAAACAUUAUAAACUGGAUACAUACGCCGCUGCCCAAGCGGCAUUCGGUAGGAGAGCACUCCAGAGGGUUCUUCCCCAGGAAUGAGCAGCGUUAUCCCUCCCUGACUUGGGAAGUUUGCUUUGGUAAGUCCCAUCUUCAUGAGAUGCCUUGACAGCACCAACCGAGAAUGAAGCAUUGGUUACUCACCGUGAAGGCUUCUUCUGGUUGCUGCUGUCAAGGCAUCUCAGCCCACCCUUGUGGCUCGUUUUCCUCUCUAGGGGAAGAACCCUCCUGGGACCAGGUUAUACGCUCCCACACACAUCUGUUCCUUGCAGGGCGUAGGGACAUGUAUAUGUGUUUCUUCUCUCUUGUAUUAUUCUCUGCAUAACUUUCUCGUACUACUGGUUCACUCGGCCUAGAAAAACUGGGGCGGGGUUCUCCCCGUCAGAGCUAUAUAGGACUGCCUUUCUAAACUAAUUUGCAUAGUCCUGCCUAGGAGCACGUGACAGGGAUAACCCAUCUUCAUGAGAUGCCUUGACAGCAGCAACCAGAAGAAGCCUUCACGGUAGGUAUAUCUUGUAAAAGGUGCCAGUGUCGGUGAAGGUGUUUUCUUAAAGCUUCAUCCACAGAAUUAAAGGCCAGGAGGAUGUCUGCCUUCCCGGGCAGCAGGGCCGUGCUCACCCACGUGCUCGUGGCCCUCUUUGGGAUGGGCUCCUGGGUCGCCAUCAACUCCCUCUGGGUGGAGCUGCCGGUGGUGGUGAAGACGCUUCCCGAAGGCUGGAACCUCCCCGCCUACCUGUCGGUCCUCAUUGCCCUGGGCAACCUGGGCCCUGUGAGCGUGACCCUGACCCACCACUUUGCCCCCGGGCGGCUGAAGGAGCGCUGGCUGAUCCACGCCAUCCAGACGCUGGCCCUGGUGGCCGCCCUCUUCCUGGCCCUCUUCUGGCACCGCACGGCGGAGGUGGCUGGCGAGAGGCACAGCCUGGCCUACCUGCUGCUGGCCUUCCUGCAGGCCCUGGUGUGCUGCACCUCCAACGUCUCCUUCCUGCCCUUCAUGUACCAGUUCCCGCCGCUCUUCAUCCGCACCUUCUUCAUCGGGCAGGGCCUCAGCGCCCUCCUGCCCUGCGUGCUGGCCCUGGGCCAGGGCGUGGGCCAGCUGGAGUGCCUCAACGGCACGCUGGGCAACGCCUCCCGGCCCCACUACCGGGAGGAGAACUUCUCGGCCACCACCUACUUCUGGCUGCUGCUGGCCCUGCUGGCCGUCUCGGCCUCCGCCUUCCUGGGGCUGGUGGGCUGGCCCCGCCACGGAGGGGCCCCCGAGGAAGAGAAGAGCUCCUCCAAGGACAGCGUGGAGACCGAGGAGUCCUUCCCGCUGCAGGGCGGCGGCCUGCCCAGCGCGGACAGCACGGCUGAGAUCGCCGCCGCGGAGAAGGCCCCCGCCAAGCCCCCGGCCCCCGCCUUCUGGACCGGGAGGAACGUCUACCUGCUGGCCCUGCUGGGGGUCUCCAACGCCCUGACCAACGGGGUCCUGCCUUCUGUGCAGAGCUACUCCUGCCUGCCGUACGGGGGCAUGGCCUACCACCUCUCCGUGGUGCUCAGCAACAUCGCCAACCCCGUGGCCUGCUUUGUCGCCAUGUUCUUCCUGUGCAGGUCGCCCCUGGGCCUGGGCAUCAUCUCGGCCGUGGCCUGCGUCUUUGGAGCCUACCUGAUGGUGCUGGCGGCCUUCAGCCCUUGCCCCCCUCUCGUGGGCAGCCCCCUGGGAGUGGCCCUGGUGGUGGUCUCCUGGAUCCUCUUCAUGGGCCUCUUCUCCUACCUGAAGGUGGUGAUUGGCAGCCUGCUGCACGAGGCGGGCCACGCCGCCCUGGUCUGGUGUGGGGCCAUCAUCCAGGCGGGCUCCCUGGUGGGCGCCCUGACCAUGUUCCCCCUGGUCAGCAUCUACCGCCUCUUCCGCAGCGGGCUGGACUGCGCCGACAACUGUGGGGCCUGAGCGGCCAGGAGCCCGGCCUCCCCAGGGCCCCCGGCUCCCAGCUCCUGGGCCAGGGAGGAGCGGGGGGGGGGCUCCCAGCCCCAGUGGGCCUGGGCUGCCGGCAGAGGGGUUGCCUGUCCCUCUGCCUGGGAAGGGGGCUCUCCUUCCGGACCCACCAGCGGCCCGGCCCUCCUCCUCCUCCCCUGCCCUUGCCUGCUGCUGGGGGUGGGAGGGGCUCCCUUCUGGGCCUCUGGGAGGUCUUUCCAAGGAGUCGCCGGGAGGGCUUCCCUGGGGCUCCUGCAUGGGCGGCCCCCAAGCCCACUCCUUGCCAGCCUCCCGUGGCCACUUGGGGGGGGGCGGUGGGGGGGGUGUUGGCCAGCCCCCAGUCCCUCCAUGGCCAGCCCCCUCCUGCCCUCUUGAGGGCCUUGGCUCCCUCCGGCCGCUGGGCGUCUUCUCUUCAGGGGAGAUGGGGCCCCCCCGCUCCAUGCACACGCUCCACCCUCCCGCUGCCGCUUCUCUCCCUCCCAGUGAUGGGGGGCUUCAGCCCCACCUGGGAGCACAAGCGCAGGCCAGGGAGGACUCCUGGCAGCCCCCCAGCCGUCCUGCAGCUGCCUCGGGCUUGGAGGGGAGGGCUGGGCUGCUGCUGCUCCUACCCCCCCCCCCACACACACAGACUGUGCCUUAGCAACAGAGCUCUCUUCCCCAUGGGACCAAAGCUGCCCCUGUGGGGAGAACCCUGCCCCCGUCUUUGGGCUGGCGGGGGUGGGUGACCGCUUGGAAAGGGGGAGCCGGAGGCCAUCUGGGGGCCUCUCAGCGCUUGGGGUGGGGGGCAGACGGCCUAGCCACUGGCUCCAGGGUGGGCAGCAGUGGGGCUUGGGUCAGGAAUCCCUGCUUCCGACUUUGCUCCGCGGUGUGUUUGGGGAGAGGGUGCAGCCGCCACCGCCGUGAUGCCUGUGGGCUGGCGACAAGGAGCCUUUCUGGGCGUCCCCCGGACCCAGAGCAGGGAGAGAGAGGCCUCCUCGCAGUCGGGCAGGCAGCGAGCAGCAGCCAGGGAGGCGGUGCCGGGGGCUGGUCGGCCCCUUCCGUCGGGCACCCUCUGCCGCUCCCUUUGCGUGGAGAGUCACCCUAACCCUCCUGAAAGCUGCCGCAGCCAGGCAGGAAGGGGUCGAGGGGCAGCCGGGGCCGAUGCUGUGGCUCCUGGUCCCCGUGGGGCAGGAGCGCUCUGUCCUGAUCCCCUGCAGACCCCCCAGGGGGCCCCUUGGGAUAUCUGCUGCUGCCUCCAGGGGCAGAGGCCCUGCCUCCAGCCAGUGCCUGCUGGUGCCAUUUGCAGAAGCCGCCCCGGCCAGCCCACCCCUGCGCAUGGCUACCUGGAAGCAGCUGCAGCCAGGGACCCCACCCACCCGGGGCAGUCUUGCUGCGCAGUGCUGCCUCCCUCCACUCAUCCUGCAUGCAGGAAGCCGCAGACGUCCCGUCUGGUCCGGCCUGUGUGUCUGGAGGGGAAAGAAGGGGGGGGGGCUGCCUCUGGUCUUUCCAGGAAAGCCACAUGCUCUGCCUCUGUGCCUUCUCGGCUCUUCCUUGCCUGCCCAACACCCCAGACCAAGGACUUUCUUCCCUGCUCUGGCGGAGCCCGAGGGCUGGUCCCGAGGGACUCCAGUCCAGGGGCUGUGGAGGGGGGGUGGCCGAGGGCCCAGAAGGUGGCUGAAGUGAACUGACCUAGGCUGGGUUCUUUGGUUUCCCAGAUUCCCCGAAUAAUGGUGGGCAGCGGCAGAGGGGGAGCCUGAAACUCCAUGCAUUGUUUUUAUUCUAUUUUAUUAAGCCAAUGGGCAGAAGUGUAAAUUAGUGUAAAUUGAAAACAUGGGUUUUCAAUCCAUGCACAAUGUGCCUAGUUGCCCAGUUAAUGUGUUGAAGCUUCUUUGAUAAAACGUGGAAUGCUCUUCCGGUCUGUGCUCUCAUUUGGUGAGCAAAGAAUAGAGAGCCGAGGGGGUCCAGACCCAGGGAAAGUGCCGAGAGAGGAGACUAGGACACUGGGGCGGUGGGGGCGCUCAGACCCUUCCUGGAUCUCUCUGGCACCUGCAGGGCUCCAAGCCCAACUCCUGUGUGCAAGUGACAGAGAGGCAGAGCUGGGCUUGAGCUGCUGAAUCCUCACUGCUGCAUAGUCGUGGCCACAGCACUGGGCCUCACAUCUCCUCCUCCUCCGGGCCCAGCCACCUGCAGCACUGCACGUGGGCCUUCCAGCCCUGAGCCCCAGGGAGUUCAGAAGCAACACGGGAUGGGGCAUGGCCUCCUCUGGUGCUCUGCCUCUGGUCUUCCUCUGUGGCCAUCCUGCCUGAUAGCCCCUGGUCGGCUGAACCUCUGGGAAGGCACCCCAUCCCUUAGUCUUAAUCGCCUUCAGGAUCGUGGGCAUCACGGCACCCUGCAGUGAAUCCCACAAAUUUUGCAGGCUGUGUGUGAAAGACAGUGGAGGAGGGUGGCUGGUGGUCUUGAAGGGAGGGAGUGUGCAGCCUUCUUCCGAGGCGGGAGGGAGCAGGUCUGUGCUCAGCAGCAGCAGCAGCAGCAGUGCUGAGCUUUCCUGUGCUAGGGAGCCUUGGCCAGGGGCUCUUUCAGUGGGGCAGAUCAGCCAACAACCGGGAUGGCUUGAAGAGGGGUUUGGAUGACUUCAUGGAGGAGAGGUCUAUCAACGGCUACUAGUCGGAGGGCUGUGGGCCACCUCCAGCCUCAAGGGCAGGGUGCCUCUGAGUACCAGUUGCAGGGGAGUAAUGGCAGGAGAUAGGGCAUGCCCUCAACUCCUGUCUGUGGCUUCCAGCGGCAUCUGGUGGGCCACUGUGUGAAACAGGAUGCUGGACUAGAUGGGCCUCCUUGGGCCUGAUCCAGCAGGGCUGUUCUUAUGUUCUUAUGUAAUGCUACUGAAACCAAGGCACUUGUAAAUGUGGACUCUCCAGGCCUGGAUGGCGGGCAAUCAGACAGGGCACACACUUACUGGGUGUGCAAAUCGCAGAGGGCUAGCAGAAGCCAGGGAGCGGCUGGCACGUUGUCUGAAGCCGUGGACGCAGGAAGAGGAGGUUUAUUUCCUGUAGGAGUUCUUCUAAAGGAGGCCCUUGUAAGGGCUUUUGGAGAAUUUGGUGAAGGUGCCUGUGAGGCAGAAGGUGCUCCUGAUCUUCCUAGGCUGCAGGAGUUCUUUUCAUCUGCCCUGCCAUAAAUGGAGAGCAGACGGAACCCUUGACUCCCAGCUCUGUGCCAUAAGCCGGCAUCUCUCGAAAGCCAGCAGGAGCUGAUGUCCUGCAGGAGGACCCCUGGCUCACCGGGCCCAGAGCCACUUUCCCGGUGGGGGGUCACGUUGAGCAGAGAGAUGGUCACGUGUCCCUAUCUGGCCCAGCAUCUUUUCCAGUCGCCUUUUGCUGCUGUCUCCCUUAAGCCCCCCACGCUUUAUUUUUUAAAAUUAUUAUUACUAUUUUGGUGAGCGCUUCUGGGACAGGGAAUCAUCUUUCCAUUUUGUGCUAUGUAAAUGGCUUUGAUACCCCUUGUUGAAUUGUAGGAUAUAGAUAUUUUUCAAUGAGAGCUUCAGUCCCAAUUCACUCCUCAAUCUGGGCUCUAAAGGUCCUGCCCACUAUUUGGGCAGUUCGUUUAAGAAGCAGGGUGCCCGCCUUGAUCAGUCUAGACCUCAGUGAUGGGAUUUGGAUCAAAUAAGGCUUUGUGUAGGUAUGUCCCACCCCGUGCCCCAUUAUCAUUCGAUGUGGUGGGGGGGGGACUCAGUCAACGUGGAGUGUGCUUUUCUUUACUUGCCCCAUUGCAACCAUAUGGCUUCCCUCCUCAAUCAGCAGAGACAAAGCUCUAAGCACCCAUGUUCCGAGUUGGCUGAUUUCACUCCAGGUCCAGAUCGCUGUAACCAAAAAGGCCAUUUCCUUUGCCCGGCUUAUUCUCCAGGAGUGAGGCGGGGGGCACAACUCAAUGGCCGAGGCCCUGCUUGGCCUGCAGAAACCCCCAGUUCCCUCUCUGGCAGCAUCUCCAGGUCGGACUAGGAGAGACCCCUGAGCCUGGAACCUGGGAGAGCCCCUGCCAGUCCGUGCAGAGACCAUGCUGAGCUAGACGGACCAAGGCUGUGACUCCGCAGAAGGCAGCUUCCGAUGGUCUCCUGGUUUCCAUUGAUAACUGCACAUCGUAUUUUUUAGAUUCAGUCAAAUAUUCAAUUCCUGUGUAGUAAGUCCAGAUGAUCUGCAAUUGUUUAUAAUAAAUUGCAGAUUGCCGCCCACUGUGGAGAAUUUAAUUUUCUCAGUGUUCAGGGCCACAUUCCAUACAGGCAUCUUAGAAAGCGGGGGGGGGGGGGGGAGAGUCGGGAGGUGAAAUGUGGAGGGUGCGACUUGUGCCCAUAGGUUUUCCCUCCAUGGCUACUAGUUUGCAGGAUGGGGGGGGCACCAUUUAAGCGAAAGAGCUGUAGGCGCAGGGCCCAAAGAGGAGCCCCCUCCCACUAUGCCCUAGACUCAGCCCCGAUCUGGCCCUCCCCCACAGCUGCUUUAAGUAAACAGGUGGUGAGUUCCAAUGGUGGGGCUCCCAGGUCACAUCCAGGGCUCACUUCCCCCAUCCCGUCUUGCUCCCCUCCCCCUGCUUUUUUCUUUUGUCAUCUGGGAAGGUGGAAGGGGGGCAUUCCUGAACCCCCAGAUGUUGGACUCCAACCCUUCUCCUCCCUGAAGGCCACGAGCGCUCUUGGAAUGGUAGCCCGGCAACAUCUGGAGGCCCGAGGUGGGAAAGACCCGAUGUCAAGAUGGCGCUGAGGCCGAGGGAGGAGUGCCCAGUUGGGUCAGAUGGCAGCCCCAACAAGCUCUUGCUGGCAUAACCGCACCAGCCUCUUCUCCAGGGGGCCCUUGUGGGGAGUGGGGAAGAGCUGUGGCUCAGUGGGAGAGCCCCCCCCCCAGGUUCAAGCCCUGGCAGCCCCUCCAGCCCUCUGCCGGCCAGAGCAGGCGGCCCUGGGCAAGAGGGGGCCAGGCCUGGCUGUGUCAGGCAGCUUCCGCAUGGCCAGCCCCAGUGCCUCCCACACUGCUUGCUUGCCGGUGGGGCUGGCAAGUCAUUGCACAAAGGUUUGUGUCUGGCCCCUUUGCUCGGGGAUUGGGGCCAUCCAUCAGGGCGGCGCAUUGAGAAGAAGCCAGGCCUGCAGAGAGAGGGGACUGGUGGGGAGGAAAGCUGCCCUUGGCAUGGUUUGGGAGGAAGAGGACGCUCUGCUCUUGCCAUGUUUGCAACUGAAUCCGAAAUGCCAACUUGAACCAAGACAUCUGUGCAAUUAUGUCUGUGUCAUUAUGUUUGUUAAUGAAUUGUUUUGGACCAAACACUUGG